AUGCAAUAUGAACCGACUUUUAAACCCAAAGUACUAAAGAAUUGGGAGGUGCCUAAAUUAAAUGUUGACAAACCUCGAAGAAGAAGUGGAAAAACAAAAAUUAUUGCUAACGAUAGGGGUCAUUUAUUGCCAGAGAUACAUAAGACUAAUAAUAACCCUUGGGGAAAUUUUGUAGGAACUUGGCGACUACCAAAGAAGGUCGACAAGAAAACAGCUUUUCAGAUAAAUGGUUUAUUAAACAAGGAACAAGAACAAGAUAAAAAUAUACACAAGCCAACAGAUACACAAAGUCCACUUUUUGAAAUUGGGGAUAAGGAUGAAAACAAAGAAAAUGCCGUUGAACAAAUUGCUGAAGCCGUACCCUACGUACCAGGAGAUCUCACAGAUAAAGAACACCAACACCCUACUUAUGAAAAAUUAUCCAAAAACCGCUUUCCUACAGAACAACCCUUGUUAAACGGUUUUCCAAGAAUACGAGAUGAUUUUUCUAAAUUACCAGAAGUAAAACAAGACGUUAAUAAAGAAGUUGAAGAAUUCUAUGCUACUCACAAACAAAUGGUACAAACGCAUCCAUCUUACAGUAGUCCCUUGCCUAAAAAGGAAAGGAUACUGUCUCCCAUAAUUGCUGCAAUAUCAAAUUUCAACCUGGCGAAAAAACUUCAUAAGGAAAACCUGGAGCAUAAUCCGCUGCCAGAUACUCUCACCGAUGCUAUUUACAGGAAAAUGCUACUGCAUAGGCAGGGAAAGGAUUAUGAAGGAAAGGAACAUUUUGCUACAGGCGUUGGUUGGAAGGGUUAUCCAGGUUACGGACCAACGAGGUGCACCAAACUCAAAGUAUAUCGUCCAAAAACAUCAGGAUCUCCAAAAGAUGAAACCAUUUGCAGCUUUGACAGAAAAUGGCGAUUUAUUCGGCAAUCUAAAGUCACGCCCAUGGACUUGGCAAUAUGCUGGGAUCUGACUCCAGAGGAUCCUAAAGACGAGCCCGAUAGACCUAAACAUAUUGACGGUUCAAACGGUUCAGCAGCUCCUGCUGUUUUUAGUCUUGUUCAUACUCCUAAAGAAGAAGAUGUUGACGUCAAAUGCGACGGUUUACAUUGCGGCACCCUUUUUGAACACAGCAAUAAAGGAAACGAAGAAAAAGAAUAUUUCUUUCAUAGAUCUAAACGUACCCCACCGAGAAGUAUUCACAGUGAUUCUGAAAAGUCUGACGGCAAAAAACGUGCGAAAAGUGCGAUUGAAGUCGACAAGUGCUCUAUAGAUUCUAAACUAUCAAGCUUAAGUGCCAAAUCGAGAGCCAAAAGCGCGUACAAUCUACUUGAAGCCGAUAAUAAUUCAAACACGUCCAAAAACAAUCUGAAUCUUCACCGUAGUACCCCAAAUUUAGAUGAAAUACUCGAAAAAAGACCUAAAAAAUGCAACAAAAUUCAUAAUAAAUUCUGUGUGGCUUGUGAAAUGAAAAAUGUAUCUCUGACAGAAAAACGACCAAAAAGCGAAUAUAAGACGGCGUUUAAAGCUGGCGUUCCCAACAAAAUCGUAAGUAGACCUAUCUACAAUCUCAAAGUUGCUAGACCUAAAGAUCCCUAUAUGGUCAAGAAUUAUGUUAUAGAUAGCUUAGCACCACCUUUUUCUUUCCAGAAGAAGAAGAGAGAGGAUUAUCCUGAACACUGGAGAUUAGCCACUGUUUAUCAGCAUUCCUAUAAACCUAUUUAUGCUAGGAAACGACCAUUUAUGCAAACUGUGUUCAAAUAAAACGUUUUGCUAUAAAGAUAAGAAUUUGCUAAUUUGGAUAGUAAAAAUAAUCC